GAGUAGAAAAUAAAAACGCUUUCAUCGCUACUGAAUAUAUUCGUAAAGGCAAAUGGGAAAAAUUGCCUGAUAAUAUCAAAGAGGAAAUGAAAAGCAGAUUGAGUGAUAGAGAAGGAGAAUUAUAUUUUUCUAUAUUAAUCUACCACCCCCAAGAAUUUUAUUCGGUUCUUUUAACCUAUCACACUGCCGUUUACGACAUUUGGUUAAUGACUUUGGACCCGGUCGCUAUCACUUUUCGUUUAGACAGUUUGCUUGGCAGUUUGUCUAGUUAUAAAAAUAGCGAAAAGGAAUUAUUAUCAAUUAUUAAAGUUUUCGAGGAGUUGAAUAAAGAAAAAAAGCGAAUGGAGAAAACAACUAGGGACCUAAAAUCUUUCGGGGGCACUUGGAACAGGAUGGAUAUUACUAAGAUUUUAGCCGACGUUCAGGAAAAAAUAAAUACUUCAGGGGACAAAAAGUUUGUUGAAAAUUUGCGAAAAAAUG